AUGGACAGCAUCGACGAGGAGUACGAUCGGCUCGUUGAACAUCUUCAUGACUGCACAAGAAAGGCUCAGAGUUCUAAAACCACCAAGAGAGGCCUGUCUCCGGAAACUCUGGAGCUGAUAAAUCACGAGCCUUACGAGCUCAGACAAAACCUCAAAGAGAGAAGAGCAGAAGUGUCGGCUGGAGCUGCAGAGGAGGGAAAGAGCAUUCGCUACGCCCGUCGAGAUUUCGCAAAUCGAGAGGCGAGGAUGAGUGCUCUCCGGAAUCCAAAUGGAACAUCAGAGGAUCAGAAGCGCCGCUGUAUUUGGCAAGUACAGCAAAAUAAGCGCACUGCAGGAAGACCGCCGACUAGAUGGUCAGACUUCUUCACAGAGUCUUUGAAAGGAAAACUCGAUGCUCUUCGUGUCCCAAGCGAAAGGAGAAACCAUUGGGCGACUCUGGCACGCGAUCGGGACAAAUGGAAGGAUUACUGGCGAAGAAAAACGGGAGUCAAGUCAAGCGUUACGCUUCAUAUGGCGGCAGAUCAUGAAAGUAGACCACUUUACUUUGCAAACGGAGAUUUUGCCAAGACUGUCGCUGACAUAAUAGCAAGUCCUCGAAGGGGAAAAGCAUAUGCAAGUCAGGAUGCACUUUACGAAAUAUCAGAGCGACAACGAGAAUACUACACAAAAUGCUUUCGUCACUUGAUGAAAACAACGCAGGGAACUACCUCUCUUGAAGGAGCUCUAAAUGGUGGUGACUUACGCGUUGUUCACUUCUUCAGGCGUAGCGGUCUGGACAACGAUUCAUUAUCAAGGAUCUGGAGUCUUUCUGACGUGAAUGAGGACGGUUGGCUAGAUAUCAAUGAAUUUUCGACAGCAAUGCAUCUUAUCGUUUUAAAAGUGAAGGGACAAGUUGCGAUCCCAUUUUGUUUGCCGUUUUGUCUACGACCUCCGUUGGGACCACCUAGAUCUAAUUCUCAAGUGCAAAUCAGUCCAGUUACAUCUACUUCUGCAGUUCAAGGUCCUCCUUCCUCGGGAUCAUGGGAUCAGUUUGAUGCCGUUGAUUUUGCUGUUCACAACUCUAUCAAUACAACGAAGAAGAACACGCAUCUUGCUGAGUUCUCCGAUGUGCCGCCGUUGUUGGUGGAUAGUCGUCCUACAGCUGUCAAACAAACCGUGCCAUUACUCGCAUUGAAAUCACCUUCUGGACCUCCCCCGCAACCUCCUCCAAGACCUCAGCAAAGGGGUCACAUAAGAAGUGCGAGCCUAGACAUGAUGAAACAAGUUCAAAUCUCACAUUCGGGGCUGCCAUUGACUUCUGGAGACCGAAGAGCUUCUGACUCCACAUCCACCGCAGUCGAGCAGGGAACUGCUCUCACUACUUCUGGUGGUUCAAUACCAGCAGCAGUUCCACCUCCGAUUCCUCAGAGAGUUUCUCCACCAGCGCCGAUUCCACGAAAGACCAGCACUGCAGAAACACAAACUGAAGGACAAUUUGUGGAAGUCAGCGAGAUAGAGCGGUUCAUUGCAGGAUUCGAUACACAAAUAGCUGACCUUCUUGGAGACGAAUCAGAUGCUACGGAAGGGAAAGGAGUGGAACGGUGGGCUCGACGCUGUGAAGGUCUUCGAGCACAAAAUGCUGAGCUGGAAGCAGAAAGAGCUCGCAUGGCUCAGGUGAGAGUACAGCUGGAGUUACGACUACAAGAGCUGGAGGAAGGAAGCAGUAAAGGUCGCAAGCCCACCUCUCUUUGA